CAAUACAUAACAGUUACAUUGAUUUAGCUGUUAAUGUUAUUCAUGUGAUAAAACUGAUUUACCUGCCCUGCCCAUCUGCCGCCCUUGCUAGCUCAGCUGCCGAACAGGUAAUACAGGUGAGACUAUGAAGCACAGAUUUGUUCCGCGGUAGCCCCACACACCGUCACUGUUGUCAGAAAGCAGAACAACCGAAAACCCCUUCAGUGUUAGGAGGGUAAGGAGUCUACAAGUUCCCGCUUGUUGGAACAUCGCAAUUGAGCAGAACAGGAGAGCAGCGACAAGACGUGUUUGUGCCCAACGUGUCUCCUACUGUGAAUUCGAUGUCUGUCCCCCUCGGUCCAGACAUGCCUGUGCCAGUACCUAAACCACGGGCACGGUACAAGCGGGCUGGUGGGAGCUUACAGAGCCAGCUCUCUUCUGAGAGGGAUUUUCUAUGUGAUACAACUGAUCCAGCGGCAAGUACAGGAAAUCCUAGCAAAGGUGUUCCACCUACAAAUGAUUUGCUGGUAGAAAGUGAAGACAACCAUGCCAUUAUCCUAAAUAAACCUCCGUUCAGCCCUGCCAUCCCCAGCCCGGCUAAUGAGAAUCAAAGCCAGCAUAACUUCCCUCUCUCCAGAUCUGAUUCUGGAGUGACUCUGUCUUGCCCAUUCCUGGGCAGUAAGGAUCCAGAUGGACUCCACGACAGAUCUGCCUGGUCAUCCACCCCUCCAUACAGUUCUGCUGCAGAUUAUGACCCCGAUAUCACUGUAGUAGCUGACUGGGCAAAAGACCUUGGAUCGGAAUCUUCCAAUGAUGAUGAUGCCGUUACUGGAGAAAUGAAGAACCCAUUUCAGAUGAACAAUGUGGUGUCAAGGCAGGUUGGUGUUGUCCCCAAUGGAGAAAUCCCUCAGCCUCCUGUGGAACAGGCGUCUAUGCAGACCAGACCAAUCAAACAAAAGACCCCACGUGCUGCCACCAUCCGCGUCAGCAGGAGAAAGCAGGCAGCAGCGAGCGGUGGUGGUGCCCAGAUAGCAGAGUCCUCUCAUAGGGAGAGUGUUGUGUCCAGAUCCAGCUGGCUGGAUGUAUGGAAGGGACGCAGGCACAAUGUUCUGUGGGCCACCCUGGAUGGACAGUUGGUAUCACUAUGGAAGAAACGCACAGACAAGUUCACAGACAUAGUGUUCCACGUGUCAAGCAUCACCGACGUCCGUAAGCAGGAGAAAGGACGCUUCUCCGUUUACUUCAGCAAGAAACACUUUGAGUUCAUGGCACACAACAAAGAGGUGCAGGAGGGCUGGGUGACUUCCAUUCUGGCUUCUCGUGGGCGGGAACCCCCAGUCCCUCCGGAGCAGCAUGGAGCCCUGACCAUGAAGGGCCCUCGCAACAACAGAGUGUACGCUGCCAUCUGUGGACACAACCUAUGGAUCUACAACAAUAAAGAGGACUUCCAGUUGGGGGUUGGGAUGACCUUUGUGUCCAUGAACGUGGCGUCAGUGAAGCAGACUGGCCGUCAUAGCUUCAGCCUCAUCACACCGUACAAAACCUUCAAUUUCUCCACAGACUCGUUGAGGGAGCUUGGCGUGUGGCUGGAGAGCCUGACCCAGGUGAUCCGCAGUGCCCUGUCAUGCAGCGAGGUGGCCGAGCGACUCUGGGCCAGCCCAUGGAACAAAGUGUGUGCCGACUGUGGCUGUGCCAACCCUGAGUGGGCCUCAGUCAACCUGCUGGUGGUCAUCUGUGAGGCUUGUGCAGGCCAGCAUCGGUCUUUGGGAAUGCAUGUCUCCAAAGUGAGAAGCCUGAAGUUGGACAUUAAAGUGUGGACUGAACCUCUGAUUCUGCUCUUUGUCCAUUAUGGGAACAAAGCAGCCAAUGAUGUGUGGGCUCACAACGUGCCAGGUGCAGAGCAGAUCCUGCCGGACUCUUCUGUGGAUCAGAGGGGGGAGUUCAUUAGGGCCAAGUACACCAAAGGUCGAUACAGACGGACCCAUCCGUUAGCCUCCAGCCAGAACCUGCUCAACAAGAGGCUGUGUGAGAUAGUGUGUGGCCCUAACGUCCCAGAGACCAUGUCCCUGCUGUGCUCGGGGGCGCGGGUCCUGUGCCACUCAGGGGACCCUCAUUGCUCCUCACCCAUCUCACUGGCAGAGCGGGCUGGACAGGCCAUGCAGACUGAGCUCCUCAGACACAACGAGUACACAGAGCCCCCUGCCUAUGCUCAUCAGAAGCCCAGCAGAGACCCUGCUACCUCUGUCCCCUUGUCUGCUGCAGGAGAGGAGCUCCAUGGGAAGUUAGAGGAGGACCGCUUCCUGUUCUCCCAGGAGAACGACUCUGCUGCCUGUGAUGUUCUGGACCUGAGGGAGGUCAUCUCCAUCUUCGACUGCUCCAACGGACCAACUCAUGCAUUUGAGAUGGUGACUCUGACGGACCAGUUGCUGUGCAGUUCUGAUACAGAAGAUGGUUUACUCAUACACCUUCUCCAUAUUCUCAAGGUGGUGUUGCCCGGGCCCAUAGAGGAGGAGUUGGACAGGGGGUUUGCUAUGUCCCGGGUGUCUGUGAGGGAGGGAGGAGGCCUGCAGCACAACGAGGUCUGGGCAGUGCUCCGUGGAGGUCAGGUCCUCAUCUAUCCUACUGACCAGCAGCACCACAGAGAAAGGCUAACACUCAACCUCGAGACGCAAUACAAGAUAGAUUCCUCUGAGAACACCAUAGAGCUGGUCACUGGAGAGAGAACCAUGUCCAUGCAGUUUGAACGAGACCACAGCUGUCAGUCCUGGCACAGCCUACUGAAACGGGCAGUGUCCACAGAGAGGAAGCUGUACCAGCUGCCCCCCAACGCCAUUGGCAAUGUGCCCCCUGCCAUCGAGAGGUGUAUCUCACACAUCACACAAUAUGGUUUAAAGGUGGAUGGGCUGUACCGGCGCUGUGGCUUGGCCACAAAGAUCAGUUGUCUGGUGGAGGCCCUCAGCAGUUCACCUACAACUACACCUCUGGAGACAGACGAAGAGGGUCUCCUGGACGCUGCAGGGGCCCUGAAGCAGUAUGUCCGCCAGCAGGUGGUGCUCAUCCCAGAAACACACAGGAAACUGUGGGUGGAGGCCGCAGCUCACACAGAAGAGACCUUUAGACUGACUACAUACCGCGGACUACUGAAGAAGCUGCCCCCUGACAACAGAAUCACACUCAACGCCCUCUGCGGACACUUCUACAUAGUUCAGCAGUAUAGUGCAGAGAACCGUAUGACAGCACAGAACCUGGCGCUGGUGUUUGUCCCCACACUAUUCCAGGAGCUGGCCAUGAACACUGACAUGGUGCAGCUCACCAGAGAGCUCAUUAUCCACUACACACUCCUCUUCCUGGGUAAAGAAGAGGAGUCUGACAUGGAGCGUGAAGAACUAAUAACUAAGUUAUAGAAAAAAUAUACAGUACCAGUCAAAUGUUUGGACACACCUACUCAUUCCAGGGUUUUUCUUUAUAUUGGUACUAAAUAUGGAAUCAUGUAGUAACCAAAAAAGUGUUAAACAUAUCAAAAUAUAUUUUAUAUUUGAGAUUCUUCAAAGUAGCCACCCUUUGCCUUGACGACAGCUUUGCAUACUCUUGGCAUUCUCUCAAACAGCUUCAUGAGGGAGUCACCUGGAAAGCUUUUCAAUUAACAGGUGUGCCUUGUUAAAAAUGCAUUUGUGGAAUUUCUUUCCUUGAUGCGUUUGAGCCAAAUCAGUUGUGUUGUGACAAGGUAGGGGUGCUAUACAGAAGAUAGUCUUUUGCCGAAUUAGGCUAAGUCCAUAUUAUGCCAAGAACAGCUCAAAUAAGCAAAGAGAAGCGACAGUCCAUCAUUACUUUAAGACAUGGUCAGUCAAUUAACUUUUAAAGUUUCUUCAAGUGCCGUUGCAAAAAUACAUCAAGCGCUAUGAUAAAACUGGCUCUCAUGAGGACCCAGAGGAAGACCCAGAGUUACCUCUGCUGCAGAGGAUAAGUUCAUUAGAGUUAACUGCACUUCAGAUUGCAGCCCAGAUAAAUGCUUCACAGAGUUCAAGUACCUGACACAUUUCAUAUCAACUGUUCAGAGGAGACUGUGAAUCAGGCCUUCAUGGUCAAAUUGCUGCAAAGAAACCACUACUAAAGGACACCAAUAAUAAGAAGAGACUUGCUUGGCCCAAGAAACACGAGCAUUGGACAUUAGACUGGUGGAAAUCUGUCCAAAUUUGAGAAUUUUGGUUCCAACCGCAGAGUAGCUGAACUGAUGAUCUCCGCAUGUGUGGUUCCCACCUUGAAGCAUGGUGAGAUGGUGUGGGGUGUAGGUGUGAUGGUGUCGGGGUGCUUUGCUGGUGACACUGUCAGGGAUUUAUUUAGAAUUCAAUGCACACUUAACCAGCAUGGCCACCACAGCAUUCUGCAGUGAUACGCCAUCCCGUCUGGUUUGCUCUUUGUGGGACUAUCAUUUGUAAUUCAACAGGGCAAUGACCCCAAACACACCUCCAGGUUGUGUAAGGGCUAUUUGACCAAGAAGGAGAGUGAUGGAGUGCUGCAUCAGAUGACCUGGACUCCACAAUCACCCUACCUCAUCCCAAUUGUGAUGGUUUGGGAUGAGUUGGACCUCAGAGUGAAGGAAAAGCCACCAACAAGUGCUCAGCAUAUGUGGGAACUUCUUCAAGACGGUUGGGAAAGCAUUCCUCGUGAAGCUAGUCGAGAGAAUGCCAAGAGUGUGCAAAGCUGUCAAAGGCAAAUGGUGGCUACUUUGAACAAUCUGAAAUAUAAAAUAUAUUUUGAUUUGUUUAACACUUUCAGUUACUACAUGAUUCCAUAUGUGUAAGUUCAUAGUUUCAAUGUUUUCACUGUUAUUCUACCAUGUAGAAAAUAGUAAAAAUAAAGAUACUAUUGACUGACUAGGUGUGACCAAACGUUUGACUGGUAAUGUAUAUUUGCCUUUGGCUGUCAAGGAAAGCUUCUAUUGGAAAUAUAUUUGGUUACAGGCUGCCCUUUCAACUUCUGCUAAUUGUGGGGUUAACAAGAACAUUUGAUCAAUAGUCAUUUUCAAAACUUCUUUGAACUGUACAUUUAGGUCAUGGACGGGUUCAAACAUAUUUAUUCAACAUGGGGGUUUAUUGUCAUUUAGGUGACUGUAAAAUAACAACAAAAUUGUAUCAAACUGUUCGGAACAGUAUCUCUUUAAAAAUAAAUUGUAUGACAUAAACCAAGAAA